AUGUCCAAGGACAGUGAAAUCCAGCAUACAAGCAAUGGGCCUCCCUCUUCUGACUCGAGUACACUACAAGGCGAACGAGGCCUGAAGUCACAUGUGACCUUCAAAGAUGAGGAGACCGGUAAUGGCGCCAACGAGAACUUUUCGUCCACUUUCGCGCUGUCGCCAGACUUUUUACACGAACUCGUGUCUUCAAAGCAGAUCGAAAAGCUGAGAUCGAUUGGUGGCUUGUCUGGACUCGAAAGCGCCCUCCGGACAGACCUGACGAACGGCCUCAACGCCGACGAGGAUUCCCUUCAGCCACUUUCCGGAUCGCCCGCACAACCUAUAAAACGUAGGCAAUCAAUUGUUCACAUCCACCUCGGCGAAGGCGAGCACAAAGGAUUCUCUACCCGCCGGAAUGCCUACUCCGAUAAUACGCUCCCACCUCGAAAAUCAAAGUCGUUCCUUCGACUGGUCUUUGACGCCUUUAACGACAAGCUUAUGUUCCUACUCACCUUUUCCGCCGUCAUUUCACUCUCACUGGGCAUUUACCAAUCCGUGGACCCAUCGGAGCCGGGCUCCAACGUGGAGUGGGUGGAAGGCGUCACCAUUGUUAUUGCCAUCCUCAUCAUUCUCAUGGCAACUGCUACCAACGACUGGCAGAAAAAUCGCAAAUUCGAAAAACUCAACAGAAAGAAAGACGAGAAAUUUGUCAAUGUUGUGCGAUCCGGCAAAAUCAACCACAUUUCCAGUAAUGACAUCCUUGUCGGAGACGUCGUCCGUUUCGAGACCGGAGACAUUGUGCCUGUUGAUGGAAUCCUCACCGAAGGAUUCGAUAUUGAGACCGACGAGUCGUCAACUACUGGAGAAAGCGACCUCAUCGAAAAGACCCCUUUCACGGAUCCUCACCCGUCCGAGGCAGCGCUACGACCUACCAACAUCGAUCCGUUCAUCCUGAGCGGCAGCAAGGUUGCCAACGGUGUCGGUAGCUUCGUUGCUACCUCGGUAGGCGUCAAUUCGAGCUAUGGCCGUGUACUGAUGUCUCUGCGCGACGAGCCUCAAGUCACCCCUCUGCAGCAGAAACUUGGAUCGCUUGCCAAGUACAUUCUCCUCUUUGGUGCCCUGUUUGGUGUCCUCUUCUUUUUUAUCUUACUUGUUCGCUUCCUCGUAAGACUGGACUCCAUUGAGGGCGGGCCAAGAGCGAAAGGCGAAGAGUUUCUAGAGCUGUUCAUGUUGUCCGUCACUAUGGUUGUUAUUGGUGUCCCUGAGGGCCUCGCGCUGGCAGUGACUCUCGCUCUCGCCUUCGCAACAACCAGAAUGUUGAAGGAUAACAAUCUCGUCCGGCUUCUCCGCUCAUGCGAAAUCAUGGGCAACGCAACUACCAUCUGCUCCGAUAAAACCGGCACGCUUACACAGAACAAGAUGACGGUUGUUUCAUGCAGGGUCGGACUCAAUCAAGACUAUGAAGAUCUCGAACAGCUAGGCCCCGCAGAUGGCAACGAUCCGACGGCUCCAGUCUACGAUAGAACUGCCGUUCAGCCAAUGGCCUUAAUCUCUUCUCUCGGAGACGCGGUACGGGAGCUGUUAAAUGCAUCCAUCUACAUGAAUACGACGGCGACCGACAAGGGUACGGACAAAAUGGAACUCCAGGGUUCGAGCACCGAGAAAGCUCUUGUUCAAUUCGCCGCGGAUCGAUUUGGCCUUCAAGAACUGACGGCAGCUCGGAAUUCUAUGGAGACUGUCCAUUUGUUCCCGUUUCAGUCCACCCAGAAAUCCAUGGCGGCCAUCGUCGAGCUCCCCAAUGGCAAGUUCCGUAUGUUUGCCAAAGGAGCUGCAGAAAUUGUCCUGUCCCGUUGUACGAAUACCUUAGAGCAGUCGGCCUCCGGGCUUUCCGUGACAGCUUUGGAUCAGAGCAGCGUCGAACUUCUGCAUGAGCACAUCAGCCGGCUAGCUCAUCGAUCUCUCCGAGUCCUAGCGCUUUCCUAUCGCGACUUUGAUUCAUGGCCGCCACCGCACGAGACGUCAACGCCGGGAACCACCGACCACCUAAGACUGGACCACAUCUUUCAGGAUAUGACCUUGGCCAGCAUCGUCGGUCUUCGGGAUCCCCUACGCCCGGAUGUCAUCGACUCAGUCCGCCAAUGUCAGAAGGCUGGCGUAUUUGUCCGUAUGGUCACUGGAGAUAACCCUUCAACCGCGAUAUCAAUUGCUAAAGAUUGUGGCAUUUACACGCCGGGAGGAAUCGCGAUGGAUGGUCCUACGUUUCGAAAGCUGACCCCAGCUCAACUCGACAUGAUUGUGCCACGACUGCAAGUGCUCGCUCGCUCAUCGCCCGAGGACAAGCGGGUAUUGGUGUAUAGGCUUCGUGCUCAAAAGGAAAUUGUGGCCGUCACUGGUGACGGCACCAAUGAUGCCUUGGCUUUGAAGGCAGCCGACGUUGGCUUUGCUAUGGGUAUCGCGGGGACCGAAGUCGCAAAGGAAGCCUCAUCCAUCAUUCUUAUGGACGACAACUUCACAUCGAUCGUCCGUGCAGUGCAGUGGGGGCGUACAGUCAACGACGCAGUGAAGAAAUUCCUCCAGUUCCAGCUGACAAUCAACUUUUCAGCAGGUCUCCUCACUGCCGUCACAGCUCUCGUUGGUGAGGUGGACGAAGCUGUGUUUACUGUCGUACAGCUCCUUUGGGUCAAUAUCAUCAUGGAUACCUUCGCAGCCCUAUCUCUUGCUACUGACUACCCAACCCGAGGUGUGCUUCAGCGCAAACCCGAACCACGAGGGCAAGCCAUCAUCACAGUGGCCAUGUGGAAGAUGAUCAUUGCGCAGACUUUGUAUCAAAUGGGGGUUAUCUUCGUCCUUCACUACGCAGGACGCCACUUCUGGGCCUCCGGCACCGAGCACGAACAACGACAACUCCAGACCACAGCUUUCAACACAUACAUCUGGCUCCAGCUGUUCAACCAGUGGAAUUCAAGAAUGGCCGACUCGCGCUUCAACAUUUUCGAAGGCAUGCACCGCAAUCCAUGGUUUUUCUUUGUCCAAGUCGUCACCGUUACCGGACAAACGCUCAUCGUUAUGUUCGGCGGAAACGCAUUCCAGACUGCACGCCCCACUGGCACUCAAUGGGCGGCGUCGAUCAUCCUCGGCGUGCUGACCCUCCCACUCGGCGCCCUGGUGCGAACUUUCCCAGACCGAUGGUUCCUGCUCGCGAUGACGCCCGUGCGCAAGCUGUUCCACCUACGAAUGCGCCGCCGCGCCGUCAAGAGGGAGAAGAAGGCAAAAUCACCACCGCAGCCAGGCUUCCUCAGCCGAGCCAUGAGCGUCAUCAAGCGCGAAACUAAGCCGCCUGCACCCAUUAUCCCCACGAACGAGGACACCAUCCCGCCCACUGCGGAGGAGCUCAAGCUACACCGCACGGCAUCACGCACAAGUCUACAGCGGCAAAGCGCCAAGGGAGAAAUCGACCUUUCGAAACUCAUUGGCGCGGCUAGGCAGGGCAAGAAGCUCAGUGAGAAGUACGUGUUUGAGGUGCAUCCCGGCACCGCCGCGGAUGAUCCGCUGGUGCUGGUCAAUGUGGACAAGGUUAAGGCUAUGAACACGCCACCGAGCCAGGAUCCGGAUCAUCUGAUGUACCUCAGCAGCUACGAUGACAACGCUGCUAUGCGGAGGGAGAGCCGUGGCGUCUAA